CCCUUGUGACCGUCAUCACAUAUCUUCCAAAAAGUGCAAUAGUUAAUUAUAAGGAGAAUUUAUUAAAUUCUUGUGCUGUUUUCUGGCAGUUACAGUUGGCUUUAGCAAUGGACUUGGGUACGUUUUCAGUUCAAAUUUUCAUUUAUUGCAUAAUAUUGAUUCAACCAAAAUUAGGCCAUUCUUUUCAACCAGCAUUAAUCUUACCUCUGAAAACUAAGCAAAUAUCAUCUGCUUCGCUACCAAAGCUACCAAACCGGGUCGGUUUCCAUCAUAAUGUCACUCUUACGGUUUCCCUCAAUGUCGGCUCGCCUCCACAGCCAGUUACCAUGGUCCUCGACACAGGCAGUGAACUCCCGUGGCUUCACUGCAGCCACUCGUCGACGGCGGCGAAGAAUAAGAACAAUCUCGCCGUGUUCAACCCGCAACUCUCCUCUUCUUACUCACCCGUGAAUUGCAGCACUGACACAUGCAGGACCCGGACACGUGACUUGACCCUGCCCGUUUCCUGCGACCCGAACAAACUCUGCCACGCCAUCCUCUCCUACGCCGAUUUCUCCUCCGUGGAAGGAAACCUUGCCACGGAGACUUUUGCGGUAGGAAAUUCGGGCAUACCCGGAUUCGUAUUCGGGUGCAUGGAUUCCAGCUCAAGUACAACGCCGGAUGAAGACUCUGUAACAACCGGAUUAAUUGGAAUGAAUCGGGGCACAUUGUCUUUGAUUUCCCAAUUGGGUCUUCCGCAAUUCUCUUACUGCAUCUCCAGCCGGGACUCUUCCGGCGUGUUGACACUCGGGUCGGCGAAUUUCAGCUGGGUCGGAUCGCUGAAGUAUACGCCAUUGAUACAAAUAUCGACUCCUCUGCCCAGUUUCGACCGGUUGGCUUACACGGUUGAACUCGAGGGAAUCAAGGUUUCGGAUACGAUUCUACCGCUGCCCAAAUCGGUAUUGGUACCGGACCACACCGGAGCCGGUCAAACCAUGGUUGACUCCGGCACUCAAUUCACCUUCCUGAUCGGGCAGGCUUACACGGCGUUAAAGAACGAGUUCAUGAAGCAAACGGCAAGCUCGCUGAGGCUACUGAACGAGUCGGAUUUCGUGUUUCAAGGAGCGCUGGACUUGUGUUAUCGGGUGGGGUCAAAGUUGCCGGCGUUACCCGCGGUGACGUUGAUGUUUCGAGGGGCGGAUUUCAGGGUGGCCGGAGAGUAUUUGCUGUACAAAGUUCCGGGGGAAACUCGAGGUACGGACGCCGUAUACUGCUUCACGUUUGGGAACUCGGAUUUGUUGGGAAUAGAGGCGUACGUGAUUGGGAACCAUCAUCAACAAAACAAAUGGAUGGAGUUUGAUGUUGCCAACUCCAGGCUUGGAUUAACGGAGCUCGGGUGUGAUUCUGCAAGUCAACGGCUUGGUUUUUGACCCCUUCCAAUUAGUUUUGACUUUUGAGUGUUAAUUUAGAUUUCGUUUUGGGUAAAGAUGAUGACUGAUGAGCUAUAGCGUUAGUCUCUUUUUUUUUUUCAUAGUUCUGAUUUCCAUUUAUUACUCGUUGAUUUAUUGCUAUUCUUAACGUGACUCAAACUCGUCAAG